AUGCAUCCUCGUAAUCCGUAUAACAAACCUCCUGAUUUUGCUGAACUUGCGAGGCGCUACCCUCCCCUCAGACCACAUGUCUUCAUCAACCAUACAGGAUCAAGUACGAUAAAUUUCAAAAGCCCUCCUGCACAAAAGCGUUUAACAGAAGCACUCCUUCAACUUGACUAUGGCCUUUCAUUAACCCUGCCGGACGAUAGACUCUGCCCUCCAGUUCCAAACAGAUUAAAUUAUGUUCUUUGGCUACAAGACAUAGUGAAAUUCACUUGCGGUUCUGCCACUGUCAGAGGGCUUGACAUUGGCACUGGUGCUUCAGCAAUCUACCCGUUAUUGGCUUGUGGUAUUGAACAUACUUGGAACUUCGUAGCCACUGAUAUCGACGAACAGUCCGUCCAAUUCGCCAAACAAAAUGUCUCUCAAAAUUCUAUGGACAGUCGCAUUGUUGUCGAGCGUGUGCAGGCUGAUGGGCCUAUUCUUCAACCACUGCAUACAAGUCUAAUGGAUUUUGACUUCACCAUGUGUAACCCACCGUUUUAUAGCAGCGCCGAGGACAUUUCGCGCUCAGCCGAAUUCAAGGAGUUUGGUCCGAAUGCAGUUUGCUCCGGAGCAGAAGUGGAGAUGAUAACACCAGGGGGAGAAACAUAUUUUGUUGCUCGGAUUUUCUCAGAAAGCCUACAGUUGAGGACGAAGUGCCGGUGGUACACUUCUAUGCUCGGGAAAAUGUCAUCAAUUCCUGGUCUUGUUUCCCUCUUUCGCGAACAUAGUGUAGACAACUACGCCAUAACAGAGUUUAUUCAGGGUCAAACUCGUCGUUGGGCCAUUGGCUGGUCAUUUCAAGAUGCUAGGCUUCCUGAUAUCUUCGCUCGCGUCUCCAACCCGGCCCUGCAGAAUGUAAUGCCUUCUCGAAACACGCUGCAUCACGCUUUUCCGGGCGCCCGAUCUGCAGACAUUCUGACGAGCGCUUUACGAAACGUUCUCGCACUUAUUAACGGCGUAACGGUUGCAUCUUCGGCUCCGUCUGUGAUUUAUGAUCAUUCUUCUACCAUGCUGAUGCAUGCACGAAGUAACACCUGGUCCCGCGCAGCACGAAGGGGGAAACUUCCAGAAACGGUCCACCCGGAUCAAGAAUUGCCUGUGCUGCGUUGUUCGGUUGAAUGUCGCGAACGAUCAUCUUCUUAUACUUCAAGUGAUGUUGCAUGCGAGCUAUUGUUCACCUGGGUUGAGGGCAAAGAUUGGUUGAUUUUCGAGAGCUUCGCAAGUCAUGUGAGCCGCAAAGUCACUUCUACCCUACAAGAGUUCGGGGAUAUGAUAUGA